UAUCCUAACUCUUCUUUUAUAAUUGGAUUAUCGCGUGCCGAUUUUCUUGUAACAAGAAGUUUCAGUAUUUGCACGUCCGCCUUCUGAACGCUCUUAACGUCCAGAUUGAGCUGAUUGCCAUAGAGGUGCAGGGACAAAUCAAAUAAGAGAAAGAGGAAGUAAUUGCUUGGGUGAGUGCCGUUCGCAUUCUCGAGGAUGGAACCGCCCACCGCCUGGAAUGAGUGUCAGCCAAAGACGAGUCCUAUCACAGAUGACUAUGAGAUCAGCAAUCACGUGCUCGGACUUGGUAUCAAUGGCAAGGUCGUUCAGUGCUGCGAUCGCAAAAACAGGCACAAGUACGCCCUCAAGGUUUUACAUGACUGCCUAAAAGCAAGACGAGAAGUGGAGCUGCACUGGAGAGGGUCGAAAUGCAAACACAUUGUCCAAGUAAAAGAUGUCUAUGAAAAUACUUACGCUGGAAAUAAAUGUCUACUUGUCGUUAUGGAAUGCAUGGAGGGGGGAGAACUUUUUCAAAGAAUACAAGAAAGGCAAGAUGGUGCUUUUACCGAAAGAGAAGCAGCUCAAAUUAUGUAUGAAAUUUGCAUUGCUGUAAAACACUUGCACGAAUGCAAUAUUGCGCAUAGAGAUUUAAAACCAGAAAAUUUGCUGUAUACAAAACCAGGUACUGUAGGUAUUUUAAAAUUAACAGAUUUCGGCUUUGCCAAAGAGACGCAUAUGAAAGACACUCUUCAGACCCCUUGUUAUACACCUUAUUAUGUCGCACCUGAAGUUCUGGGGCCUGAAAAAUACGAUAAAAGCUGCGACAUUUGGUCACUAGGGGUAAUUAUGUAUAUAUUAUUAUGCGGCUUCCCUCCUUUCUAUAGCAAUCACGGCCUUGCAAUAUCGCCAGGUAUGAAAAAACGAAUUAGAUUGGGUCAAUACGAUUUUCCAGCGCCUGAAUGGUCCAACGUAAGUGCAGAAGCACGAGACCUCAUUAAGGGCAUGCUAUGUACUGACCCCCUUGAAAGAUUGCAAAUCGAUGGAGUUAUGAAAAAUAAAUGGAUUGCUAAACACACAGAGGUGCCAGCAACGCCGUUGCACACGGGCCGUGUCCUUCGUGAAGGUGAAGAGCUCUGGCCUGAAGUCCAGGAGGAGAUGACUCGCUCAUUAGCUACUAUGCGCGUUGAUUAUGAUACGGCGAACCUGAAGCAGCUCGAUAACACAAAUAAUCCUUUGUUAAACAAACGCCGACGUGCCAGACAGCAAACGAGCACGCCAUCCGGGCUACCAAUCAGUGCUGCACCCGUGAACCGAACAGCGGCUUCUUAGGACAUAACCAACUUGCGAGUUUGAUAGAUCAAAUGUGCUCGUGACUCUUGCGUUUAAGACAC